AUGAUUCACUUUACGACUGGUGGUAUCAAAAAGCCUCAUCGUUAUCGUCCUGGAACGGUUGCAUUGCGAGAAAUUCGUUUUUAUCAAACAUCUACUGAUUUACUGAUACCUUAUCAAUCGUUCCAACGAUUAGUACGUGAAAUUGGACAACAGUUUAAAACUGAUCUACGUUUUCCGAAAUCAACAGUGAUGGCUCUGCAAGAAGCAUCUGAAUCAUAUUUAGUUGAUUUUUUUCAUGAUACAAAUUUACUAGCAACAAAUGCUAAACGUGUGACCAUUCAAUCUAAAGAUAUACACGAUUAUUCGUCAUUGAUUGCUGUAUCAUCAAAAAUGAAAUCUAUAACAUCGUUGCAAUCACGCACUAGUGGUAUUAAGAAGAAGCCUCGUCUUUCUUGUACUCGAAAAGAAACGUUAACUUCAAGUCCUAUUAGCCAGAAAAAAACAGUGACAAUAUCCAGUGUAACGUCUGUUCCUAAACGAUUAGAAUCAACCUCAAGUGAUGAAGAUCUGUCAGACAAUAACGAAGGAAAAAAAGAAAAGCAAUGGCCAACAACCACUCAAGGUAUAAUCCGUCGUUUGAUCCAAUUACAAAAGUUCGAUGGUCUGUGGCAGUUAAGUGUCAAUGAUAUUGAAAACCUUACGGGUAAAAAGAAAUUGAAAAUUAAAUCUCCUUAUACAAAAGAUGUAUCCAUACUAACAUCAAUGAUUGUUAUUGUCGUUUUAAAAUAUGAAACGAAGUUCCAGUCAUAUAAAUCAAUGUGGAACCCAUUGGUAAACAAAGCAUGCAAACGAAUUCAAGAGUUACUAGGUCAUGGUGGGAAAAAUAUAUUUCAACAGCUAGAAGAAGAUGUUCAAAAACAAAUCUGA